CAAGUGGUAUCAGAGCGAUAUUAAGGACAUUGAGAGGAGUCUACAGAAGUUUGAAGACCCUUCUAGACCCACCAUGGCCUGUGGGUGUGCCUAAGUGGUGUUCUAAAGGUUGGAUGUGUCUUCCGCUAAGGGGAAACUCUGCCGAAAUUUCGUGGACGCCGACACUUGUGAAAAUAUCGAGGGAGCUAAGUGUGGACAGCAAAGGGGAGCUGAAAUUCGUCAUUUCUCAAGGAGAAGAUGAAUGAGAGAGGAGGAGAUGCUAAUGGAAGAGGAGCUGUAGCUGAGAAGACAAGUGAGCCGCCGCCAUCAAAAGUUGAAGCUUUGGAUGGCUCCAACUAUGAGGAAUGGAGCGGGCGGAUGAGGAGUGCCUUCAAACGCUACAAGCUCCUGAAGAUUGCUGUUGGGGAAGAGAAGAUGCCGGAAGAAGGCGAAGCACGUGAACGGUGGAUUGAGAAAAGCGCGGAACUUGCUGCCAUCUCCAUGCGACCAGGGGAUGAUGUGAAGCCGGUCCUUGACAAGAUCAAGGACACCUAUGCAAGGAUGGCAGCAGCGGGCAGCAGUGUAUCUCAGCUGCAGCAGUGCACCAAGAUCAUCUCGGUGUUGGACAACUCUUGGGACAACCUCAUCCCCACCCUCAACUCUCAGCAAGAUCAAUGGACACCUGAGUGGCUAAGGCAGCAGAUUCUGCAGGAGGACUUCCGUAGACGCCAUGUGGGAGGCGGUGCUGCCACGAAGACUGCUGAGGGGUAUGGAGCUGCAGGGCGCGGCAAAGGAAGAGGGGGUUGGAGAGGCCGAGGCCGUGGGAGGAGCUUUGGCAGAGGUAGAGGCCGAGGUGACUAUAAUGAGGGGCAUGGAAGCUCCAGUGGCAGGGGGAGUACCAGAAUGGAGGGCACCUGCUGGUACUGCAAGAAGAUAGGGCAUCCUUGGUUCAAGUGCUUCAGCAGGCCGGAGGGAUGGGCACCUCCAGGCAUGAAGCCGCCCAGUGGUGAACGCGCACAAGGUGGCGCUGUGCAAGGCUCAGGUGCACAAGGUGAAGGUGCACAAGAUUUGCUUGAUGAGGUAAAACCCCCUGGGAAAAUCAAGUAUGUAGCAGCAGCGUCAGGUGCUUUGCUCCCUGUCAUUGGUGUUGGAAAUGCCAAGGUUAAGGGAGCUAAUGGGGAGCUUGUGGGGCUUGGGAAUGUCCUGCUGGUUGAAGGCUUGUCUGCUAACCUUCUCUCUGUGCGACGACUGCAGAAGAGCAAGGCCGAAGUGACCUUUGGACCAACCAGCUGCCGUGCUAAGCUUGGGAAGAAGGUGCUGUGGAGUCUGGAAGAGGAGACCAGCUGCAUCAAGGACCUGUGGCAGCUGCCCAUCAUCCCAUGGAAUGGGAAGACUCCAACAGCAGCAACGGCAGCAGCGGCAAAGGCAACAGCAGGAGGAGAUGCAACUACACCAACUGAUGGGGUCCUGGAAGCAGUCAAGAAAGUGCAGCAGCAGCAGACACAUGGUGAGGUGCUUGCUGGUGUGGAUGCGAGUGCGGCAUGGGCUAAGGCUUCAUCAAGGAGUGGUGAGGCCGAUUGGGAGGCAUGGCAUGAGAGGCUGUGUCAUGUGAACUUCCCUAUGCUGCAGAAGUUGGUGAAGGAUGGAAGCCUGAAGGGCUUGGAGGUGAAAGGGGGAGUGAAGGAGAUUGGGAGCUGCCCUACAUGCUUGGAGACCAAGUUCUCCAAGUUCCCCUUCAACAGCACUACAGGACCAGCCAAGACCCCACUUGCACUUGUGCACAUGGAUGUGGUGGGGCCCACAAGAGCCCCUUCCCUCUCAGGCAGCCGCUAUUUCUUGACAAUUGUGGAUGACCACACUCGGGCAGUGUGGGUUUACCCUUUGAAGAGCAAGGGGGAGGUGGCAGCGGCUGUCCUUAAGGAGUGGAUGCCUAGAGCUCAGAGGGAAUGCGGAUACAAGGUGAAGGUGAUCCGCAGUGACAAUGGUGGGGAGUUCAUUGGAGCUGAUUUUGAGGGGGAGUUGAAGAGGAAGGGGAUCCAGCAUCAACUGACAGUGCCCUACAACCCGCAGCAGAAUGGCGUGGCUGAGAGAUUCAACAGGACCCUGCAGGAGGGGGCACGCACUCUCCUUGGGCGUGCAGGGCUGCCUGAUCCGUUUUGGGUGUCUGCACUGAGGCAGGUCGCCCUUGUGAAGAACAGGGUGCUGGCUACAGUUGGGGAUAAGGAGUGGAUCCCAUAUACCAAGUGGUAUGGGAGUGCUCCAGCUGUGAACAUGCUGAGGGCAUUUGGGUGCAUGGUGGUGUUUCAUGUGCCUAAGGAGAAAAGGGGGAAGUUGGAGGCUUCUGGAAGAUGGGGUGUGCACUUGGGGAUUGCAAAGGAUCACAAAGGGUGGCUGCUAUGGGACUUGACCACCCAGAAGCUGACAGUGUCAAGGGAUGUGAAGUUUCUUGAGUCCCUGUACUACAAGGAAUGGAAGCAGCAGCAACAGAAGCUUCCAUCUACACCGCUCAUUGUGGAGGCAGAUGAGGUGCAGCGGCCUCCAAGACAGGUGGAGGUUGCAGUUUCUGAAGAGGAGAUGUCUGGGGUGACUGAGGAAGGGGGAGCAGCUGAAGUGGAGCAGCAGCAGCAGCAGCAUGAAUCUCCACCUCGAGUUCCACACCCGCCUGAGCGACCUAGGAGGGAUGUGCGCCCUCCGGUGAGGCUGACCUAUGGGGGAAGAGGCAAGCCGAAUGUGGUGCAGGCUGGGAGUGUGGUUGAGCAGAUUGAGGAAGAUGAGAUCGCUCACUGCUACUGGGCACCAAUCCCUGAGCCCAAGACUCGAGAAGAGGCCUUGAAUGGACCAAAUGGGGAGAAGUGGAAGGCGAGUGAGGAUGAGGAGUUCGGGUCCCUGAUUGAGAACGAGACAUGGGACCUGUGUGACUUGCCUCCUGGAAAGAAGGCAAUCACUUCCAAGAUGAUCUACAGGCACAAUUAUGGACUUGAAGGGGAGCUGACCCGCUACAAGUCUAGGCUUGUGGCAAAGGGGUUUCAGCAGACAAAGGGGAAGGACUAUGAUGAGGUGUUUGCUCCUGUGGGGAAAGGAACAACAUUGAGGGUGCUAUUGGCGAUGGCUGCACUCCUGGGAUGGAAGAUACGGCAGAUGGACAUUGUGACUGCCUUUCUGAAUGGGAUCAUUCUGGAGGAGGUGUACAUGAAGCAGCCAGAGGGGCUGGAUGAUGGGAGCGGCAGGGUCUGCAGGCUGAAGAAGGCAAUCUAUGGCCUUAAGCAGGCGCCUCGUGCAUGGUAUCACAAGUUUGAGGAGGCGCUGGUGGCUGGGGGUUUCAAGAAGAGUGAGUGUGACCCCAGCCUGUUCCUACUGCAGGAGAAGGAUGAAAUCCUCAUGCUCUUGGUGUAUGUGGAUGAUAUCCUUCUCUUUUCUGCAUCCACUGCUUUGCUGGACAGCGCAGAGCAGAUGCUGGAGAUGCAGUUCAAGUGCUCCAAGAUGGGUGAGGUGAAGUACUACUUGGGGAUGCACAUGGAGAGAGAUGUGGAAAAGGGUGUGCUGAGGUUGCACCAGAGGAAGUACUGUAAGGGGCUGGCUGAGAAGUAUGGGCUGCAAGAUGGGGGAAAGCCAGCAACACCACUACCUUCGGGGUUUACUGUGGAGCCAUGUGCUGAUGAGGAGGUAGUGGGUGAGAGUGACAGGAAGCUGUUUCAUUCGAUGGUUGGGUCGCUGAACUAUGCUGCAAAUCAUACACGGCCUGACAUUGCAUUUGCUACAUCACGGUUGGCUAGUGUGGUCUCACGCCCUAGUCAUGAGCAGCUGGAAGCGGCCAGGAGGUUGGUCUGCUAUGUGAGCGCUACCGCAUCAGUGGGAUUGGAGUACAGUGGAGUGAGGCAGCGGUUGCAGAGAGGUGCUGCAGAUGUGAAGAGUGGAGAGAUGCUAUUGAGUUGCUAUACUGACGCUAGCUUCAACUCAGUGAAAGCGGAUGGCACCAGCAUUGGGGGUUAUGUGUGCUUGCUAGGAGGUAGUGCUGUGAGCUGGCGCAGCAAGAAGCAGAAUGAGGUGGGAUUGUCCUCAUGUGAGACUGAGUACAUGGCCUUACACCAUGGGGCCAUGGAAGUAGUGUGGCUAAGGCGUUUGUUGGAGGAGUUGGGAGUUGGUCAGGAGAAGCCGACAGUUGUGUUUUGUGACAAUGAGUCAGCUGUGUUGCUCGCCAAGAAUGCUUGUCUGCAUGGGCUGACAAAACACAUAAGGCCUAAGUGGCAUUGGGUGAGGAGACUCCUUGAUAAGGAGGUGCGGCUGGAGAUAGUGAAGACCCAUCAGCAGGCAGCAGAUAUUUUCACCAAGCGUCUGGCGGAGGCGGAUCAUUGGAAGGGCAUGAAUCUUGCUGGGAUGAGUGUGCAUUGAGUAUGCAUGCUUGAGAUGUUGGUAUGGUGGAUGAUGGUUGGCAGCCAGAGGGGGAGAUUGUUGUGUGAUGUCAUCAUAUGCUAUCACAUUCUGUCUGCCUCCCAUCUCUUGUUUCAAUUCGUAUGUAUGGUUUGACUGUGUGUGAAAGAAUUUGUGUGUGGUGUGUUCUGGAGUUUGGGAAUGUGUUUUGUGUUAUUCUGUCUGAGCAGCUAUGAAGAUUCAAAGUUCAUGAGCUUGCGUUACAAUUGCGGCGGUUACAAAGUGAAGUUGUGGGGUGACUCUAUAUGGAAUUGGGACCUUUGGGGUUGGGGAAAUUUGUCACUCUACUGUAACAGCUGCAAAUUGGUUGGGAACAACCAAGCUAGGUUGGCAAGGGUGGCCAACUUGGAUGGAUUGGUUGGGAAGGGACAAAUGUCAAAAUUGGGGUUCCUAUAGGGAGGGAAUCUUUGUGCUUAUGGGGUUUCCUUGGUUGGGGACUCUCUUGGGACCUUCCCUCUCGUCCCUCUCUUUUUAUCCCAACCUUUCUC